UGCACAUACACAAAUUAAUGAUAAUAUACUGUAUGGUGCUAUAAUUUAUACACAUAAUAACUCUAGCUUGAAUGAUUUUCAUGUCAGACCAUUUCCCGUGUCCCCAUCCAUAUCAAUAUUAAUUCGUUUCCGGCUCUAUAUGUGUGUAUAUAUAUAUAUAUAUAUAUAUAUAUGAGAGAGAGAGAGUCUUCUGAAUCACUAGCUCAAUAAUAUGGAUAGCUUGCUCUGUGAUGAGGUCUGGCUUUCUAGUCCUGCAACUCCCGAUCACCACAAUCAACCACGUUAUAGCCAUGGAGAGAACUACGCAGCUGCUUCCUCAUUCUACACAACCAAAGAAGACUGUGAGAAGGCCGUCUCUAUAUACCUGGAGAAGGAGUUCACUUGCAUGCCUGAACCCGGAUACGUAGAACAUCUUCGGACCAAAAAUCUGUUGUUUGCUAGGCUCAGAGCCAUUCAGUGGCUCAUCAAGUCUCGUGAAAGGCUCAGUCUCUCUUUUGAAACUGUCUUCAACGCUGCCAAUUACCUUGACCGAUUCAUGUCGAUGAAUCAGUGCCAUGGAUGGAAGUGUUGGAUGGUUGAAUUGCUGUGCGUGGCAUGCUUAUCAGUUGCAUCCAAAUUUACUGAGACACGUACUCCUUGCUUGCAUGAUAUUCAGAUGGAAGACCUGGAUCAUUCAUUCCAACCAAUCACUAUCCAGCGGAUGGAAUUGGUGCUGUUACGGGCUCUAGGUUGGCGCCUUGGCUCUACCACUGCAUAUUCUUAUGUAGAGCUGCUGAUGAUGGAAAUUGACUUCUUGAAAUCUUAUUCUUACCUACAAAAGGAUUUAGUUGCCUGCAGAAUCACUGAGCUGCUUCUUGGAGCUAUGCAAGAUUGCAGCAUGGUGGGAUUUCGACCAAGUAUAACCGCUAUAUCAGCUCUCUGGUGCAGUCUAGAGGAGUUCGUUCCAUCUAAAUCCGAUGCCCACCUUGCCCAUAUUAAAGGGUUGUUGAAUGCUCUAGAUCACAAGGAUGAUGUGGUGAUCAAAUGCCAUGGCAUCAUGGAAGCACAGUUAAUCAAUCCAGUGUACAACUUGCUAGCCUGUGGGAAGAAGCACUCCUACUGCUGUCCUUCAAGUCCUGUCACUGUUUUGCCCACGGAGCGGAUUGGCAUUUACGACUGCGAUGUUGAUCUCUCUUUCUUUAACGAUUCAGGAUCAAACAACAAGCAAGAAACAAGCAAAAAGAAGCGAAAGUGGCACGAGAAAUCAAUUAAGGAUGAUGGUUUCCAGAAACGAAUCAAGUAAUUGUUGAUUUGUGGAGUGUUUAGUGUUUGUUAAACCUUGAUUAGGGCAAACAAUGUUGCCGAUAGAAACAAGCCGAGAAAUUAAGGAUUGUUCUAACAACUCCAUCUUCCAUUCCUUUUAGUUUGGAAGGAUAUCAAGUGUACAUCAAGGUGGAGCUCAUUUCGAUCCAUGACUUACUAUUUUAUUUUUAUUUUCAUUUUAUUUAA